AUGAGCAGUACAUUCUCCUCCUAUAGCUUGGUAGCUAUUCCUUUUGUUUCUGUCGUCAUCAUCAUACUCGUUCGUACCCUUUAUCCCAAGCCGUACCCAGGCAUUCCUCACAAUAAGAACUCUGCCAAUCGCGUAUCCGGCGACAUUCCCGAUCUGGUUCCCCUCAUCACCACUACCAAUGAGUUCUCCAACUCCAUGUUCACGAUCACCACCCAGAAACUGGGCACACCCAUCGCCCAGUUUCUUUUCCCUGGCAUCCGAAAGCCUUUGAUUAUCCUCGAGGACCCACGAGAGAUCGAGGAUCUGCUGCUUCGUCGUAAUAAGGAGUUUGACAAGGCGCCGAUGGCCCUAAGUAUCUUCCAGCCCAUGUUUCCCAAGGCCUCCCUCGCCCAGUUCACAACUCCGGAGCUCAAAGCUCAGAAGCGCCUGUGGGCUGAUGUGAUGGCGGCUGAGUUCCUGAACAAGGCUACAGCACCGAGGAUUCAUAAGGCUACGCUUGGGCUGGUUGAGCUCUGGCGUCUUAGGGUCUCCGUCUCCAACGACAAGCCAUUCGCUGUUGACGAGGAUCUCCAGAACACCACUCUCGACGGUAUCUGGGUCUCCAUCCUAGGAGAUGAAGCAGGAAUUAUUGACUACUCUAUCAGAAAACUGCGAAGCGAGAUCGACGGCUCUAUACCCUUUGACGCAACGCCGCCACGAGGUGGUUUCCUCAGGGAAGAGGUGCGCUACAUCUCCGAUACUAUUGCACGUCUCAGCAAUACCCCUUCUCCAAAAUGGGCCGGAAAGAUUGAGACGUAUACACCCAGGUAUCGGAGAUUUCGUUCCACCGUCAUCAGGGAGAUUAGCCUGCUGAUGGCGGCUGCUAUUAAGCGAUUCCAGGAUCUCGACGUGGAGACUUUGAACAGCGGUGAUACUGACCGAUGUAUGCUGGACCUGGUACUUCGUCGUCUUGUUCUGCAGUCCAGGAAGAAUAAUAAUGCCCCUCUUAUUGAUCCGACCAAAGACCAGAAUAUGCUAGACGAGCUUUUCAUUAUGCUGGUUGGGGGCCACGACUCCACAGCCAAUACUCUGUGUUGGUUUGUCCGGUUCAUGGAGGCUUAUCCAGCCGUCCAAAGCGAGCUGCGCUCCGUCCUUCGAGCUGCAUUCCCCGGCCCUGAACCCCCUUCUGCUAAAGCCAUCAUCGAAACGGAUGUCCCUUAUCUGGACGCCGUGGUUGAAGAAGGAUUCCGUCUUGCAGGUGCAGCAAAGGGAAAUCUGCGCCAAGCCCUCGUGGACACCUCGAUUCUAGGCUACAACAUUCCCAAAGGUGCCGAGAUCUUCAUGAACUAUCAUAUUAACCGACCACCAGCUCCCGUGGAUGAAGCGAAGCGCUCAGACAGCUGUCGGGCAGCAGCAGCUAAGCAUGGAGACGGACUCCGUGGACGAGCUGGCUACGACCUGGAUAAGUUCGAACCCAGAAGAUACCUGGUUAAGGACCCAGACACAGGGAAGGAGACGUUCAAUAGUUAUGCUAUCCCAUCCCUCGCGUUCGGUGGCGGUUACAGAGGCUGUACUGGCCGCAAACUCGCGACAUUGGAACUUCGUAUCUUCGUGACGCUUCUGAUUCUCAAUUUUGAGUUCACUGACCUGCCGGAGGAAAUGAGGAGCAUGGCUGCUACAGAGAAGAUCUUCAGGCAGCCUGACAUGCCCUUUGCCAGAGUGAAGGUCCUGUAG